CCCUCUUGCCCGCUGCCCUUUUGACGUGCUCGGCCAAUCCCACGUGACCUAGCUCCAUCGCGAUCAUCCGCAACCUCGGCUUCCCAGCCAAGCUGCCAAAAAGCAUCGUCACCAUGUGAACCUCGGCCGCGUCGUCCUCGCCCUUAUCUCGCCAGCUCCUCGUGCACUGCUCCGUCCGCUCCACCGCCGCCGUCAUGUCGACUCUCAUCAGGCCCCCGCCCAUUGAUCCGUCCGUAUCGGCCAUCGAGAACGUGCUGGAGCUGACCCAGCUCUCCGACAUCGACCCGGACCUGUUCACCAACACGCAGCCCCUGUGGCAUCCUCCGGGAGCUCGGGGCGUGUAUGGCGGUGCCAUCAUCGCCCAGUGCCUCAGCGCCGCUCAGCGCACCGUCCCCGACAACUUCUCGGUGCACUCGAUGCACUGCUACUUUGUUCUCGCCGGCGACUCGGAGAUACCCGUCAUAUAUCAUGUCGAGCACGUCCGAGAAGGACGCUCGUUCGCGACGCGCACGGUACAGGCUCGGCAGCGGGGCAAGGUCAUCUUCACCACGACCCUGAGCUUUGUGAGGACAGACAGCGGAGGGGACAGGAAGAUUGAGCAUGCAGCCGCGAUGCCAGAUAUCCCUGGGCCGGUGGACGAGGAAGAAGACUUGCGCUUGCCACAGGGCCUGGAGGGGCCAUUUCAAAGCCAGAGGAUCGACAUCUUGAAUAAUGACUCACCGAAGGCCCAUACUAAAAAGACGAGGCAAUGGCUCAAAGCUCGGGGCACGAUAUCGCCGAAAGGCGGGCAUCAGGCGCAUCUCUCGGCGUUGGCUUACAUGUCCGACAGUUAUUUCAUAGGCACCGUAGCGCGGGUCCACAAGCUCUGGCAAUCAAGUCGGCAAAGUGACGGAAAGCCCGGGGUGGAUGAGGACGUGGUCAAGAGGCUCCUAGUCGAGGACGAGGAAAGACUGCGAAAGAUGCCGGGUAUGGACGACCAUGUUGUACGGGCGCUGAAGGAGGGAAAGAGUCUAACUGCUGCAAAAGAGGAACGGCCAGAGAUUGGCAUGAUGGUCAGUUUGGACCACACAAUCUACUUCCACAACCCGCGAAACUUCCGGGCAGAUGAGUGGAUGUUCACCGAGAUGGAAAGUCCGUGGGCAGGCGACGGGCGAGGGCUGGUCCUGCAACGAAUAUUCAGCAAAGACGGCACGCUCAUUGCCAGCUGUGUCCAGGAGGGUGUGGUGCGUCUUAAGCAGGCACGCGAGAGCAAGUUGUAGGCAGCCGACGGUAACCGAUAUAAGUAGGUACUACGUAGAGAGAGAGAGAGAGAGAGAGCAC